GAACUUCUGAUUUUUGAGUUAAUCGAAGUGUCUCUCUCCUUUCUCCCUUUCUGUGAUUGAUUUAGAGUCCUCUGAAGGAAGUUAGGGUUAGAGGCGAGAAGGAUCUUGAAUGUGCAACAACGGGGGUUUUUUUUUUUAAAAAAAGAUCCUGACUUAUUCCUCCCCCCUACUUCGUGCAGAGUUUGAGAAAAUGUCGUUAGAAAGAACACAAAGUAUAGUAGGGAGUGAGGUGGAGCCCCUGGACUAUGGGAGGAUGGACACAGAGAGUAGUCCAUCUCCAACUAGUUCGGAGGAAACAGUGGAGGGGGUGAGAGGAGAUGAGGUGGUGGAGGUUGGGGGGGUGAGGUGGCAGAGGUUGGGAGGAAUGAGGGCGUUAGCUUCCUGGAAGGCCAAAAGGGCCAACCAGAAUAAGUUUAGCUUAACUGAGGAUGAGGAGGAGGAAGUGGGGAGGUUGAUGAGGAAGAGGGGGGAUGUGUUAAAUAUCAUGGACCUCACCAGCGCAGCAUGCAUAGAGGCUGCUGAGCUCUAUGGGCCAAGCGCUCUGACUGACAUGAAUCAAUUUUUGGACACUGCUGGAGGAAAGGCUAUCCCCAAGAAGCCAAGGAAGAAGUCAAGGACUUCAACCAAACAAGUGGAUGAGGGGAGAACUGGGAAGGAGAUAGUGCCCACUGCUUCAGCUGAGACGGGGGAGGAGGUGCCACCGCUGAAGAGAAAGGGUUGGGAGGAGAGGAGGGUACUAGAGAAGAAGAAGAAGGUGGUAGAGGAGGAGAAGGGGAAUGAGGUGCCUCUGUUCGUACCUCAGCCUCCUCCUGUUGAGCUGAACCUUGAGCUCAGACGGUUGGAGGAGGGGGCUGAGGUGGUUCAUCAACAACACCUUCCUCGAAGUGGACCUAAGCUACGCGCGGGAGGAAGCUCUGAGGCAUGGUGGAGCGUUCGUUGUGAAGCACGUUCUAGAGAGCGCGAAUUGGGUGAAUGGUCUAGCCCAGGAAUUCAGGGAGAGCCUGAAGGAGUGCGAACUCUUGCAGAGACAGAGAGGUCUUCCCUGGGCACCAAGCUCGGCUUUGAAGAGACUAAGCGAAAGAUCUCUGAAAGCGAGCGUGAUGCUCUGGCGCAAGAGUUAAAGCUGACGAAGGAGGCUUUCUUGGAGCUGAAGGGGAAUGUGCAGACCCUAGUGCACAAUGGGAUGAAGGAGCACAUCGGCAACUUCAUCAGCUCUAGCUCGUUUGACAACAUCGUCAACCUCUACCGAUUGCCAACUGCCAUCAUUGCCUUCACGGACUGCAGAAAGAAGGUGAAGACUAUUUAUCCCGAAGUGGAUGUUACAAGGAUAACCUUCGGAGAGCAAGAAGCUGGAGUGGAGGAAGAUGGUGAAAGUAUGUCAGCAGACUUCCGCCCAGAAAUCAAACUGAAGUGGGAUCAUGAUGCUGAUGGACUCACUGUUUUCCCUCCGAACUUCGACUUUGAGUUCGUUGCAGUGGAAGAAGAAGAUGAGGCAGAGGUUGAAGGAGGCGGGGUGGAGGCAGGAGCAGAUGGAGCUGAAGUGGAUAAAAGCCAACCAGCACCAGAAGUGGAGAUUCAUCCAGUUCCAUCUGAUGAUGAUCAGCCUCCUCUGCCAGACGAGCAGCAGCUGAGACAGCCACCUCUUCCAGCUGAAGAGAAGCCAGUGGAGCCACCUCCUCCAGCAGAGAAUUAAUUUUGUUUUGUUGUUUUUAAUUUUUUGUAGAACAUUGAAACAGUUUGUAACACUUUUUAUUACAUUAAAUGAAAUUAUGUAUUUGUUUAUGUUUGGUUUAUAUUUUUGUUAUGUUUUAUGAAUGAAAGAACUAAGAGUAC